AUGCUGAGUUCGAUCUUCUCUCGUGCAAGAGAGGCCUGGUCGGAGCCUGAGAGAAGGGAGGGCAGCUCCACGGACAGCCCGCGAGGAUACAUAUUCCCUACGGUUGACCCGGACGUCGACGGUGAAGACUGUGACCGUGACUGCGCCAACUGCACCAUUCGAUACCCGUCCAGAUUCAAGGUCGAGGAGGACGGGAAGUUGUACGGCAAGGUCAAGCCGGUCACCAACCAUGUCCUCGUUGCGACGGGGAAGUCGGAUUGGAUACCCAAGGUGGAGAACGAAAGGGGAUCCCUGAUGGAGGCCUUCAACAAGAACUCGUCUCAGGCCAAGGGAGAGCGAACAGUGGUGUUGGCAUCAAAUAUAUCAGUUGAUCCGGGGAAACAGGGAGAUGCAUCUUCGACCGUGCUUCUCCUGCCGGCAUUCUUGUACAUCGACCGUGUAUCGACAGCAGACAUACCUGAGCUCAAUGCUCGUUUCAUCAGCACCGACAGCUCAGGUCAAUCGCCAACUUCUGAUGCCAACGGCCAUCUCCAGUCUCGUCCUUGCCAGCGCGACUAUAUCGUCCUGCUCUGCUCCCACAGAACCCGGGACGCCCGGUGUGGCAUAUCAGCACCACUGAUAAAACGGGAACUGGAGCGUCACCUCCGUCCUCUCGGCCUGCUGCGUGACGAGGACGACCAGCGCCCGGGUGGUGUGAAUAUAUUCUUCGUCUCGCACGUUGGUGGCCAUAAGUUUGCGGCCAACGUUCUGAUAUACAGGAAAGAAGACCAACAGAUGAUCUGGCUAGCAAGGAUCCGGCCAGAGCAUUGCGAGGGCAUUGUCAAGCAUACGAUAGUGAACGGCAAGGUCAUUCACCCGGAGACCCGGCUGAGGGGCGGGUUUGACAGGAAGAAGGGGCUGACCAGCUGGUGA